GUACGUCGCCGCCGUCGUCGUCGUCGUCCUCGUCACCCACGUCGUCGUCGCCGUCGCCGUCGUCGUUGUCGUGUUGCUGUAACAUUUGUCCAGGUCGCGCGUGCUUCGUAGUCAGUGGCUCGCUGAACUGACGUUUGACAUUUCCGGAUCGUCAGAAAACAUCAGAAACGCAUCGCGCGUGCGGAGUAGAGAAAGCGGAGAGAAGGAAGAGGCGAUCGAGAGAAAAGAGAAGCGGUGCGGGAAGCGCAGAAGGAAAGAGCAAGUGAGAGAAAGCGGCAGCGCGCGCGGAUCCGAGAGAGAGAGAGAGAGAGAGAAAAAAAAGCGGAGUAAUCGUGUGAUCGGGGAAAGCUGAUUAUGAGUUGGAACAUUGGUGCAGCGGCGGAUCAGCAGAGCGUACAGGAGCCGGCUAACGUGUGAGCGAGAGAGAGAGAGAUAAAAAGAGAGAGCGAGAGCGGUCAUUUUUUUUUCCAUUCGCGAUAAAUUCGCACGGAUACCGUACGAUCGUCGUCCGUGCGUCAAUCGUGUCUCCGCGAGAUCACAUCGGGAUUUUACGGUAAAAAGAGUGAGAAUACCGAGGAUACUUUUUUUCGGAGCAGUGGUGUUCGACAUAUAAAAUCGCAGAAAUAUAUCGCGGGAUAUAUAUAUAUUCGCGUAAGAGUGCCCGGCGGUAGUUUCCCACCUUGUGUUUUUGGUGACGCGCAGAGGAGUCCGCAGUCCGAUCUUCGGUGGAGAAGCGCAACGAGGGAGCGAGGGGAAAGAGAGAGAGAGAGAGAGAUUAAAUCUACAGCCGUCGACGAUCGCGAGAGAGCAUCCUCGCGCCAAGGUGACCGACAUCACCGGCAAGAUCGCGUCUGAAUCCUUCGCGUGUUCCGGAGCAAGCAGGAGCCGGAGUUCGACCGCGCGGGAGGAGUCAGCAGUGCGCCGAAUAAAUGACGUAAAUCCGAGGAACGGAAGCGCAACGUCACUCGCUAACUCGCAAUCCUCUCCUUCCCCCCCCUGGUCCCCCCUGCCCUGCCCUACCCCCUGGGAACCUCCCCUCCCUCUCUCUCUGUCUCGCCGUUUCCGCGUCCCCCCUCCUGUCACCCUUGGAACCCACCCUCUUUCCCCGUUCGGGUCCAACCCCGACACGACCCGAAGAACCUCAGGCGCGACCCCGGCCGCCGGACCUUUGCCCUCUCUUGUCGCCUGUACGCCCGCUUUGUCGCCCGCCGUCUUCACGUGCUUACAACACUACCCUCUUACCGCUCCUACUCGUCGUCGUCUCCGUUACCACUCUCUCCGCACGCUUCUUCGGCGUCCGUAUCCGUCGCCUCCUCCCCCGGCGUCCUGUCCACGGAAUUUCGAAAUAACCGACUCGCGCGUCGCCGUUCCUCCCGGUCCCGGCAGGACGGCGCGUAAGGGUUUCCUCCACCUUUCCACGCACGGAGCGGCCCUUCUUUCUCCCCCCUCCAUCUUCUCCCGCUUCAUCGGCAGCCCGCCGUGGUGAACGAACACAGUCCUGCACCAGCUCCUCCAGCUCUAUACGACCACCACGACCGUCUCACCCUACUCCUUCCAGUAGACUCGCCGUCGCGAGACACACGCGCUGGGUUUGAAACCGGCUUGAAGGACGCCACGACCGGCUUUUCGAGACACGCAUACGUAGACGAAUACGUACAUACCCACACACGUGCGAUCCAGUACACCCUCAGCGGCGACCAACUGCCUGUGUGUGCAUAAAGGAAGGGAGAUACUCGUGCAAAAGCGUCUAGAGAGCACGUACUUCUUGGUCGACGUUUAGCUUCGAAGGCUUUCAAGCUUUGCUCGACUACUACUAUUACUACUGCUACUACCACCACCAUCACCACCAUCACCACUACUACUACGCUCGGGCUACGGCUUCUCAAGUGUGGCGCGCUGCAAGAUCAAGGGAGGACAGAGGAAAUAGAGUGAAUGAGGAGUCGAUAGACGAGAUCGACGACCUACGACGCCGCCUUAUCACGAAGCCAAGAGUAGCGCCUGAUCCCGCCUAAAAUCGACCGGUGCCUAAUCGCUGUCGAUAUAUACAGCUUCACCUUUUUCGCUUCUUCUCUUUUCCCGGUGAGAUAUCUCUCCAUCCUCCCUCGCCUGUAUACACUUAGCUUUCACACCCUCCCGGAGAUUAUCGUGCGGCAAGCGCGUGCGCCAUCGCCACCAUCAAAACACGGCCUACGAAAGAGGGAGAGAGAGUAAAGAAUUUCGCAAAAUCGCGAAUCAUCGACAACGCCUAAGCCGGCAGCCGCCGCGCUCCUUCGGUUAAUCCUCGUCGGGAUCCGAUAUCAGGCGAGAGAGAGAGAGAAAGAAACGGCGAUAAGCCACGCUCGAAACAGCCGACGUUGCUGAUAAACGCGUGAGUCUUCGCGUGACGAUUCGACAUAUCGCGCGACGACCACGACGACGCGAGCCAAGCGCGACUUCGAGGUGAGGAAGAACGAAGUUUCGCGAGACGCGGUGAUUUUCCACGCGGAAGAUCUACACGCAGGAAGACAGCUGCGGGUCAUCGUGUACAUGGGACAUUAAGAUCAUCGCAUCGCGCUUAAACGGGAGAUCUUCUGCCGUAAGGUAUACAAGUCUCAAGUAGUUGCAUGACUCCGAGGCACACGCGGGAUUUCGCGUACAGUGUGUGCGAGUGAAGAAGGUGAGAGAGGGAGAGGGAGAGUGGGAGAGGAAGGGAGAGAGGAAGGGGUGAGUGAGCGAGUGUACGUGAGCGAGUGGUGAGAGAGGCUGUGUGACGAGACGAGGCGAAAGUGGUGGAACGAAAGGGUUCAGUACCGGACGCCGCGAAAUCCCGUGAACAAGUGCCGACGAGUUCGUGUCGCGAGGUGGUCGUUACUCCAUAAAACCGAAACGUCUAUAUCCUUGGCUAAGAUCAGUCGACGCGAGUGCACGCGACCGAAAAGGAGCCGAUCAUCACGAGGAAGAGUUUAGAACGGCAGAGAGAGAGGAAAAAAAAAGAGGAGAGUUCGGAUUACUACUCUCUCACGGUAGAGGCCAACGGACGGGGUCUCUCGGUCUUCCAAGAGUGGAAGAAUGGCAAUGGUCAGCAUGAAUAACCUACUGAACGGCAAGGACUCGCGUUGGCUGCAGCUGGAGGUUUGCAGGGAGUUCCAGCGCAACAAGUGCACCAGGCCCGACACGGAGUGCAAGUUCGCCCAUCCGCCGGCUAACGUCGAGGUGCAGAAUGGACGGGUGACCGCCUGCUACGACAGUAUCAAGGGCCGGUGUAACCGAGAGAAGCCACCUUGCAAGUAUUUCCAUCCCCCACAGCAUCUGAAGGACCAACUCUUGAUAAACGGGCGCAACCACUUAGCGCUGAAAAACGCGCUGAUGCAGCAGAUUCAGCAGGGCCUCACGCCGGGUCAGCCUCUCGUGCCCGGGCAGGUACCCGCAGUGGAGGCACCAGCACCUCCGGCACCACACCAUCACCUUCAACAGCAAAUCCAGCAGCAACUUCUCGCUACCCACGCCUUUAUGGCGACGAACCCGUACCUGACCGGUAUGCCGCAGGUUGGCAAUACGUACAGCCCGUACUUCGCGCCCAGCCCGAUAAUGCCGGCGAUAAUGGGCCCGGCGGACCCAACGGGCGUCGGCAGUCCGCUCGGCGUGGUACCGCAGACAGUGGCGAUGCCGCAGAAGAUGCCACGUACCGACCGCCUCGAGACGGCGACGAUGCCGACGAACGUGACGGGAAUGGGUACGUUGGCUGGCGGAGUAUCAGGAGUGCCGGCAACUGCGAUGCCCGGAGGACUUCAGAGCGCCAGUAUGGCGAGCAUCGAGCUCGGCAAGAAGCGGAUGCGCGACUCCAACGAUGAUCUGCUAAUGAUGGACAUGAAGUCUGUCGGGUCGUUCUACUACGAGAACUUUGCCUUCCCAGGGAUGGUUCCGUAUAAACGACCGGCGGCCGACAAGUCCGGCGUGCCGGUCUAUCAGCCUACCGGUGCGACGACCUAUCAGCAGUUAAUGCAGCUGCAGCAGCCCUUCGUGCCUGUGUCAUGUGAGUACACUGGAACACCACCCCUACCCACUCAAACCUCUAACCAAUCGGUCGUGCAACCCCCGAACGUGCAAAGCAACCACCACGCGAUGGUGGUGCAAUCCUCCUCCUCCCAGGGAGCCGCUGGCGCCACAGUCAAUAACUGCGCCGACGCCAACAAUGGCGUACUGAUGGAUCCCUGCAACAAUCCACCGCCGCCACCUCCGACCGCUGACAAUAACAGUAACAAUAGUAACGGCAAUACCAAGCAGCCGGUUACCACGCAGAAUCACGAUGUCGAAAAUGCGCGUAACUCCCCCGAAUUGAAUCAUUCGAGCCCAUCGUCACUGCAGCAGCAACAACAACAGCAGCAGCAGCAACAGCAGCAGCAGGUACAGCAACACCAACAGCAGCAGCAGCAAAUUAGCCAGCUGGCGCUGCCACCAGCGAUGAGUCCGUUGACCUCGAUGGCCAGCCUGACCUCGAUGCCUAACAUGAUGAACAUGGCCUCGAUGGCUUCCAUGGUCUCCAUGGCGAACAUGUCACCGAUAACGAACAUGACCUCUGUGGGCAAUUAUAAUGCCUCCAACAUGGCGAGCCUAAAUAUGCUCAACAGCCUCGGGAUGGCCUCCGGAUUACCAGCCCCUCUCGAUCCAGCGGCGCUCGCCAAAGAGGUCGCCCAGAAAAACUAUGCUAAAGCCAUCAAACUCUCGCAGGCCUCGCAGUCUUACGGCAUCGGCCACCUCGCCGCGCUUAAUUACACUGGCGUCGCUCUGAACAAACAAAACCUCGUGAAUCCCGCGGCGGCCGCCGGGAAUCACGCGAUGACAGCCAGUCUGCAAGCCACCGCGGCGACUCCCAGACCCGUCAUCUCGAGUCUGGCCGGUAUCCCGGGCGCCUUGACCUCACCGCUGUCCGCGGGUAUCCUGGCGUACUCCAGACCGCCGCCCACAGCGACCCCCCAUAUAAAUCCAUAUUCUGCCCUGAUCAGGCAGCAGAUCUUGCCGAAUCCGUACGUCCAAGCGUCGAUACCCGGCGCCGCGACCGUACAGACCAAUCCCUAUGUCCAGAAUCCGUACGCCGUUCUACCUGGAGUAGCCAGUGUACCCGGGGUAGCGGCGGGCGUCGCGGCCGCGGGUGUACCGCAGAUACCGCAGAUGGGCAAUCCGGCGACGAUAGCGGCGCAGCCGCAAGUAGCGAUCCCCGUGAGCUCCGGGGUGAUCAUGCAACCGUACAAGAAGAUGAAGACGUCGUAAAGACGUCCCUUGCCUACCGGCUCGGGAGGACUCGUCUCUUCUCACGAGAGUGCCGUUCCUUCCUUCGGGCACCUUCCAUUCUCUCCCUCGCGCGAACGAGCGAACGAUUCCGCGAUAGUCGCUACGGAUGAUAAUCGCCGCUACCGAUCGCGGUAGCGGUGUAUUUUAGAUAAUUCUAGAGUAUCUUUACGAUUAGCGUUCAAUUGCGGGGACGAAUGACAACCGUAACAAUUAUUACGAUCUAAAUAGAUCUCGCGCAAUUGUAUUUUCGUAGUUUCGUAGUUUCAGUCUCAGAUGAAGUCUAAGAUGAAAAACGGCUGUUUAGAAAUAAUAGCGUUUGUGGAAGUGAGCUUUUUAAGAUUGAUAAAAUACAUCAAAUCUAUAAAAUUGAGCUAUAUGAAUAUUUGAUACAUUAGUUUACAGUAAUUCAGUGGGAAUUAGUUCUAGAAUGUUUUACUUUUCGGCAUAAAUUACAUAGUGGAGAUUAGUGAACUUCUUGUCAUACGUUGUUAUUUGAUUUUUCUAUAUUUUGCUGAUUGAAAAAGUGUAUUAAAGAUAAAGAGAGAAGAAAGAAAGAGAGAAUAUA